AUGGCGAAAACUAAAGGCAUCGCGAAGCCGAAAGACCGACGAGCAAACGAUGCUAAUGAACGUCGUGUUCGCGACAUCACCUACGACUCUUCCGAGCCUAGCAACGAUGAUGCGCAACCGGACGCCGAUGCGCAAGUAGAGGAUGAUGCGGGAGAGCACGACGACGACUACACUACCGAGGCUGGCCAUCCGUGCUCGAGUCCGCGCCAAACCACUUCACAGCUACCAGACCAGUCCUCGACAGCUGCGCCCGCACAAGUGCACCAAGACGAAGCUGGUCUGCCAUUGAGCAUCAAGCAAAUCAAGGCUCUGUUUGAUGCUGGCGAGAGAUUGAGCUACGCGCAAGCCACUGCUUUGGAGGACGCCGGGGUGUAUCUCACCUCAGUGGCCAGCCAUCCCGUGUAUUCUUCAUCCGAUCCCUACCCCGAUCCACCGCCCGGCCUCUCUGAAUUCAAGGCGCCAGAUCGAAUAACUUACAACUCAGACCGCGAGACAUCAUUCCCUCCCACUCCUGAGCUCCAAAGCCUCAACGGUGGCUCUCGGAGUCCCGACUCCGUGCGGAUACCCCGAUCCGAUGGCGCACUCAUUGCUCCACGACCUGCAGAGUCGGUGGAUGCGCAAGUCGUGGGCCUCGCAGAUGAUCACGGUGCCGAGGACGCUCUCGAUCCACAAGGAAACAAGGAGGACGAAGAACAUGAAGUCGCUGUCCCAGAUGACUCCACUGCUGGGUCGGUACUCGAUGCGAUCAAGAACCUCACGCAAGAACAACUUGAUCUCAUGAACUACCACACUCAAGAGCACUUCGAUGAAAUGGACAAGAUUAUAGCUCGGGAGGCGAAGGAAGAGAUGCGUACUCAACACAACGUCGAUGCUCGCCUGAAUGCCGCCGCCGUGGACGAUGCUGGUCUCCACGCCGGCAUCGUUGGCGCCGAGGAAGAUGCCGUGGACAAUGACAACGGUGCGAACGCUGCGAAGCACGAACUCGACCCUACAGAGCAACUCGAGCUUGCACAAAUCGGAGAAGCUCAACAGGCUGUGGUCCAGUCCAUUGAUGCGUCCCAGCCUCCUCGCCGUCAGAAGCGCACGAGGGACGAAGCCUUCGUCGUGGUCGCCGCACUGGUCAAGCCUUCUCAGCAGUGGCUCAUCCAGCACAAAAUGGAUAUCCAAGUCCGACGUAACCAUGCGAAGCAAAUGUCAAAGCCGACACCUCGCGGCGAUAUGCCGCAAAUUGCGAGUCUUCGCCCUCCAAAGCGCACCAGGUCGGACCAACAGGCUGGUGUUGAUGGAGCGACUCUGCCAGAAGAAGAGCGCGCACCGAAGCGUCGUUGCCUGAAGGAGUGGUCCCACGUCAAAGCAAACGCAAUCAAGAAAGGCGCAACUAAGAUGGCGAAGAAGGCGUUCGAGAUCGCCCUCUCCAGUAGUCGGCAAUUUGUUCGAUUUCUCACUGGCCUCGGACAACAGGCGAACGGUCAAGAGAUCAUGCUGGCGACUGCGCAGCCCCUUCGGCGCGGUAUCCUGAAGAAACCUCGCCUCCCCGACACGCCGCGCGUUCCCAUGCGCAGACCGAUUGUCAGACGCCACCCUGCCGACAUCUAUUGGGACAAGGUUCACGCCGCUGCGGGACAGAAGCAUCAAGAGCAUCGCAUGGCUACGGCUGCGACUGAGGUCGACCAAGCGCUUGAGAGCCCACAGGGACCCCCACGUGCACGAUCUCCCAUGGCGCAGGAGUCGCGGAUCAUCGCAAUUCGUCCAGGCACCCCGAACCAUCAAGAUCAAGAGCUUGUGCACCCUCCGGCUCCUGAGGGCGAUGCUCUCGCCGCCACUGACGACGAUCCCUUCCCCUUCAUCGUCCACCCGAAGUACAUCGAAAACCAUGCCGCCCACAGCCUUCAAGCCUUCGAGGCUCGAGUUGCGGCGACCAGCCUCAAAGGUGUCGAGAUCUUGUUCGCCUGGCACGAGGAGUCCUGCGACGUCGAUCCCGAAUUCCAACCAACCUUCCAGGGCUUCGCGAGGGCUUUUGAACUGGUGCAAGACCCUGUGCUUCUGCGAGUCCACGAUCGACUGCACGACAAGUUUUUGGGAUGGGUCUGGCGCAACUUGUACCCUUUGCUCGAUCAGGGCAUCUUGACCCAGGCGGAUGUCAAUGGCGUUACGAGCACCAUCAUGGAGCUCUCUCCAGAUGAGAUGGAAGAUAUCGCCGACUUCCCAAACGAUAUGGACGGCGUCGUCUUCGACAACGACGUCGAUGAGAGCAUGACCGGCAUGUCCGAGGCGGGCGGCGCGGAGACCACCAGCAGCAAGGCUAGCUCGCCGCAGCCGAUGGAGGGCAUCAUCAACAACAGGAAUACCGGCCCUCUUCCGACCGGCGGACGCAAGUUUGCGAAGCCUACUGGUGCAAAACGGUAG